AGCUUAUAGUUCUAUGAUGACACCCACUUCCUGUCAAGAGUGGAAGUGACGUUUUGUGUGUCGCCAGUGUGUUUCUUUCUCCCCUCAGAAACGUUUGUGUGCAGCGUUAGUUCCAUUUGGCUCUCCGUUUUUCACCUCCGUGAAGUUUGUCUGCCGAAAAAGAAUGGCGGAGUUGUCCAGUGAAACUAGAGAGCGGCUGAGCCUUUGGGAGCGACCCUUGCGGCCGUUGGCGCCCCUCACUGAGCGGCAACAGGACUCUGUACUUGAACUGCGUGAUGCGUUACCCUGCCUGCCUGCCCCGGCUGAGCUUCCUAUUGAAGAUUUGAGCAGUCUUGGUCAACAGUCAUUAACUGUAACAUUGACAGCCACAAUGCCAGAAUCCACAGAGGACGUCCUCUUGAAAGGGUUCUCCACCUUGGGUAUGGAAAACGAAAGAAUUCAAACGGCACAGCAGUUCUUCUCGUGGUUUGGUGAGCUCCAUUCCCAGAUGGAUCACGAUGAAGGGGCUAAGUACAGGCACACGAGGGCUUAUUUGUCUGGAUUUGAAGAGCAAUGUGAUGCUAUCUUGAGUGAUGUAAACAGUGCCCUUCAGCACCUGGAGUCAUUACAGAAGCAAUAUCUCUUUGUUUCAACCAAGACAGGAACACUGCAUGAAGCCUGCGAACAGCUAUUGAAAGAGCAGUCGGAGCUUGUGGACCUGGCUGAAAAUAUCCAGCAGAAACUGUCAUAUUUUAAUGAACUGGAAAAUAUUAAUACAAAACUGAAUUCUCCUACUUUGUCUGUAAACAGUGAUGGUUUCAUCCCUAUGUUGGCUAAACUUGAUGAUUGUAUUGCAUAUAUUUCAUCACAUCCAAACUUUAGGGAUUAUCCUGUAUAUUUUGCAAAAUUCAAACAAUGCCUUUCUAAAGCUAUGCACCUCAUGAAACUAUACACUGUGAACACAUUACAGAACCUCACAAACCAGUUAAUUAAAAGGGACCCUUCUGUUGCACCAAAUUCAGACAAUGCCUUCACUUUAUUUUAUGUAAAGUUCAGAGCUGCUGCACCUAAAAUCAGAACAAUUAUUGAGCAAAUAGAGCAGCGGUCUGAGAAAAUGCCUGAGUACCGGCAGCUGCUAAAUGAAAUCCAUCAAUGUUACCUUGACCAGAGGGAGCUCUUACUAGGGCCUAGUAUUACUAGUACUGUAAAAGAAUUAACUAACCGGAACAACAGAGAUCAUUGUGCUCUGGUACGAAGUGGCUGUGCCUUUAUGGUCCACGUGUGCCAGGAUGAACAUCAGCUGUAUGAUGAGUUCUUCACAAAAUCAACACCAAAACUGGAUGAACUUCUGGAGAAGUUAUGCCUGUCAUUAUAUGAUGUCUUGAGGCCAUUGAUCAUUCAUGUAAUUCACUUAGAAACUUUGUCUGAGCUCUGUGGGAUUCUCAAAAAUGAAAUGCUUGAAGAUCAUGUCCAAAACAAUGCAGAACAACUGGCUGCUUUUGCUGCUGGAGUUAAACAGAUGUUGGAGGAUGUCCAAGAGCGUCUGGUCUACAGAACACACAUCUACAUUCAGACUGACAUUAUAGGCUACAAACCUGCCCCAGGUGAUCUUGCCUAUCCUGCUAAGUUGGAAAUGAUGGAGCAAAUUGCACAAAGCCUGAAAGAUGAAGAGAGGAAGUUGCCUGCAGAUGCUUCAUUUUCAGAUAUGAAGCUGGAAGACCUAGAGAGCUGUAGUAUGGUAAAACUUGAUACAUUGGAAUCCUGUAAUCCUAGACAUCAUACUACAAUUUCACCUGCAGAUCUCCAUGGAAUGUGGUACCCUACUGUCAGAAGGACUCUUGUGUGUCUCUCCAAACUUUACAGAUGUAUUGAUAGGGCAGUGUUCCAAGGAUUGUCACAGGAGGCCUUAUCUGCCUGCAUACAGUCUUUGCUAGUAGCUGCAGAUUCCAUUGCUAAAAACAAGACCCAGGUUGAUGGACAACUUUUCUUAAUAAAACAUCUUUUGAUUCUUCGUGAACAAAUUGCUCCUUUCCACACUGAAUUCACCAUUAAGGAAAUUUCCCUGGACCUUAAGAAAACUAGAGAUGCUGCAUUUAAAAUCCUCAAUCCUAUGACUGUUCCACAUUUUUUUAGGCUAAGUAGCAACAAUGCACUGAUACAGUUCUUACUGGAGGGCACUCCAGAGAUCAGAGAACAUUAUAUUGACUCUAAGAAGGAUGUGGAUCGGCACUUGAAGUUUGCCUGUGAGCAGUUCAUUCAGCAGCAAACGAAGCAGUUUGUAGAGCCUUUGGAUGAAUUCUUGACAAAGGUUUCUAAUUUGAAGACAGUGGCUAUUCAAGGUGGUCCCAAGUACAACCUCCUGCAGCAGCCUUGGGCACAACCAGCAAUGAUUGGUGACUUGGUGUGUUCAACAUACAAGACAAUCAAAACAAAGCUGCCAUUGACGUUACAGAGGAUGUCGCUGUAUUUAGCCAACAAGGACACGGAAUUCAUUUUGUUCAAGCCAGUUAGGAACAAUAUUCAGCAAGUAUUCCAGAAGCUGCAUACUCUGUUGAAAGAAGAAUUUAGUAAUGAAGAUCUCCAGAUCGUAGCUUGUCCUUCAGUGGAACAGAUAAACCUCCUUUUGUCAAUAACAAAGUAGUACAACUUUGAGAAGCCUCUUCACAUUGUGUGUCAAGCAGUGAGGUGGACAUUUAAGAGAGACUUGGGGUGUACCAUCCUACCUGUUUUUAAUAUAAUCCAUCUGUUAGAAUACCAAUUGAACAAGAAAAAGAUGACUACCGGUAUGUUCUAACACUUCUUUAUAUAUGUAAAGCUGAAGAUUCAGUACAAUUUUUAGCUUUUAUUGUCAGCAACUGCUUUCCUUGAGUGAAAACAUAUGCUGGAAUUAAAUUCCAAGUUUGUGUACAAACCUUCCCACACUAUUUUAAUAGUAUCUUCUGAAGUGCACAUUCACAUACACAAGCAAGUCGUCAUGGUAUUGCAGUCAGUGAGUUGUGAAAAGUAAGGGUGUGUGUGUAAAUGCUUCUGGAUCAAACGCUACAGAUGGAGCUUUCACAUCACUUAUUCAGUGGAAACCACUCAGCUGCAUAUCAAAUUAUUUAGGUGCAUAUGUGAAUCAGCCUCUAAGCACAUUGUGAAAAUAAGAUAUUCUACUAUUUGUGAGUCUUUCACAGCAUAUUUAACCCUUGUACUGAUUGCCAAUAUUCACAAAUUUGUAUACUCUGAAAAGAAACCAAAUUUGUUGUAAUAACAUUGUGUGCAUGGGAUGUGCAAAGAAAGCUGUAUCAUAAACUCCAUUUAAUUGCUUACAAAGCAAGACUGCACUAGAGAUUUUGGAGGACUUUGAAAUUUUAAUAUAAAAGGGGUGGGUGGGAAUAGUUGAGGAGUGCAGUCAUGUGCUGCCAGUCCACAAAGAUUUGAUACAAUAGAAGAAGCUUAUUAAGAGGGCCUUCCUUCAUUUGUUCCAUGGGUAAGGCAUAAUGUGAAAUCUUGUGCUGUGAUUGGCUGGGACUUCCCUACAUAUGUUUAUGCAGCUGUAAGAUCAUCACAAAUUAUAAUUUACACAAAAGUAAUGUGAGCAUUUCUGUAGGGAAGUUCCUUCCAAGUAUGAAUUUUCUAUGUAUGAAGUGGCUUUUCAUUUUAUAAAAAUGCAGUUUCAUUAGAACUUUUUAUGUGUCUUUUUUUUCUUAAUGAAACUUUGUAUUAUUCAGAGGUCCAAUACUCCUGCAUAAGACAGUGGAUGUGUUCUCUGAUGAGAUAAACAUUUGAUUGGAAUACAUCAUCCCUGCAUUUAAGAGGCAAUUCUGAUCCAAAAAUAGAUCAAACACUGGAAAUGGUUUUGUAGAAUGUGGUGGAGGCUAAGAAUAGUUGUUCCAGCCUGACUGUGCCUUCUUGCUUGUGGCAACUUUAUAUCUUGCUUUUUAGUUUAUUUUAAACCAAGGGUUGCUAACCUGUGAGCCUUCAGAUGUCCCUGGACUACAUCUGCCAUAAUCAGGACUUUUGGCCAUGUUGGCUUUAGGUGAAUAGUGGCUGAAGGGCCACAGAUGCUGUUUGCCAUCGCUGCUUUCACUACUUCUUUUUUUAAGAUCAUCUGAAUACUAAAAUGGCUCAAAAAGUCAGGAGACUAGCAGCAGUGCAAGGAACAAAAGAAAGUAGCACUUUUUAUGCACAGAAAAAAAUGUAAAUGUCCUGUAUGUAUGUUGACAUUUAAAGUUAAUUUCUAAAAUUCCUUUGGAGGGAAAAGUCAUCUUCAUGGUGGGGGUGUAGUUAAUUAAAAAGCCUUUAAACUUACUGAGUUUAAAUAUGAUGGAAAUAUUAAGUAUCGUUAUGAUCUUGCUUUCAUUUCUUUAUAGAUUGGUUCAUUUUUUCAGUGUAUCAUUGGUGUGUUUUUAAAGUAGUCACAAGCUGCUUGCUUACCAGCCAUUUGACAAGACAACUGGUACCUGCUGAAUAACUUUUUUAGCUACUGCAAAAUAUAUUUCUUUAUGUUGUAAAAUACUGUCUUGUGGACUUUGUAUCAUGUUUUCCAAGCAAAUUAGUAUAUGAUUGCUGUAUGAAGUUACAAUGUAUUUUAAUCAAAUGUUUUGUGAAGAGUUGAAAUAUGUUUACCAAAUCCUUCUGUUUCUAAGUCUGAAUAUUUGCUGUUCCCCCCCGUGAUCUUGUUAUAUAGUGUCCUUGCUAAUUUGCAGACUUGUAUGAAACUGCUGUUUCAGAUAUUUACAUAUAAAAAUAGUAUACAUAAUUUAAAACACAUGAAUUUAAGGUUCUUUCUAUUUUUUGA